AUGGCCUCCUCGCCGGCGACCGCCAUCCCCGUCUCGACGGGGCAGGCCGCCGCCGGAUCCGCUCAGCAGACAGCGCCGAUCUCCACGCCGGCCUUCCGCCUCUUCCUUUCCCGGCUCUCCGACUCCGUGCGCCGCUCCCUCGUCAACCGCCGGCCGUGGUACGAGCUGGCGGACAGAUCCUCCUUCUCCCGUCCGGAGUCCGUCUCGGAGGCCGCCUCCCGCGUCCGCAAGAACGUAUCGUACUUCCGGAUCAACUACAUCGCGUUCCUAGCCGCCGUUCUCGCUCUCUCCCUCCUCUCGCAUCCCAUCUCUCUCUUUGUGCUCCUCGCCCUCCUUGCUUCCUGGUGCUUCCUCUAUCUCUUCCGCCCUGCCGAUCCGCCGCUUGUCAUCCUCGGGCGCCAGUUUUCCGACCGGGAGACCCUCAUCGGUCUCGUUGUCGUCACCGUCUUCGUCGUGUUCCUUACCUCGGUCGGUUCGCUGCUCAUCUCUGCCCUCCUGGUUGGGGCUGCUCUAGUGUGUGUACACGGCGCUUUCCGGAUGCCUGAGGACCUCUUCCUCGACGAACAGGAGCCUGGCGUCGGUGGAUCCGGAUUAUUGUCUUUUCUCGGCGGAGCGGCGUCUGCUGCAGGACCCGCCAUGGCCUCGCGCGUGUGA